AUGGCGGCGCCGGCGGGCGGGACGGCUGACGCGGGCGCGAGGAGGAGCGCGACCAUGGCGGCGGCCGGGCGGCGGCGGCGGGAGGACACGGGCGAGGAAGAAGAGGCCGAGCAGUUGGUGCUGGUGGAAUUGUCGGGAAUUAUGGAUUCAGACUUUCUCUCCAAGUGUGAAAAUAAAUGCAAGAUUUUGGGAAUUGAUACGGAGAGGCCCAUUCUGCAAGUGGACCGCUAUGUCUUUGCUGGGGAGUAUGAAGACACUCUUGGGACCUGUGUUAUAUUUGAAGAAGAUGUCGAAAACGUGGAUGCAGAUGGCAGUAACAGAACAGUGCUAAAAUACAAAUGCCACACCAUGAAGAAGCUCAGCAUGACAAGAACUCUGCUGACCGAAAAGAAGGAAGGAGAAGAAAACAUAGGUGGAGUGGAAUGGCUGCAAAUCAAGGAUAAUGAUUUCUCCUAUAGACCCAACAUGAUCUGUAGCUUUCUGCAUGAGAAUGAAGAUGAGGAAGUCGCAGCUCCAGCCCCAGAGAAACCUCUGGAGUUGGAAGAGCAAGAGAUCCAAAUGAAAGACAGUUCAAACCUGGGUUAUGAACAGGAGAAACCACAGCACUUGGAGAUAGGGAAUUCUGGUCCUCCUGCUGACACCUCUUCUGAGAAAGAAAGUUCUGUUUCCUUGGGAACUCAAGACGCUGCCUUAGAAACCACCCCUAGAUGAAUUGUUUCUUAUAACUAGUCAUGAACUUUUUAAGUGUAAAAUAAUUGGCUGUGCAGCUUUCAUUUGUUCACUACUGUAUUGUUUGUGUUGGCUGUGUACAUACUUCCUGCCAAAGCAUGGUUUGAUGUACCAGAAUCGUUCAGAACUGGACAUGGAUUAAAUUUUUUUUUAAAGAUUUGUUU